AUGCCGAAUGUGCUGCUCGUCGCUCAUAAUCCGUGUAGGGACCUGCUCGGCCAGCCGACAAUCACCGUGAAGGUCGGCCCGAGCGCGAAGGAGUACCACAUACAUAAACCGCUUCUGGUUCGCUACUCCGGCUUCUUCCGCGGCGCUCUGAGUUCGAACGCGUUCAAGUCGGCAGUGGACGGAGUCGUCAUCUUGGAAGACGUGGAGCCCGGAACAUUCGAUGCCUUUGCCGACCAGGAUCUUGCUCCUCUCGCGGACUGGGCGACCAAAUACCCUCACCCAUAUCCCGAUCCGAGAUUUGAGGGCGAAAUGUGGAUCGCGACUACUAGGCUGACCUGGUGGUACGUCUUCGCCGACCGCUUCAUCGUGCCGGAGAUGCAGCAGUAUCUGAUACACCUCGGCAUCGGAGUCUUUUCCCAGUAUGCGCCGUGUUGCCCCGACCUCACCUAUGCGUGGAAGCAUCUCCCCACGAACAGUCCAUUCCUCCGCCUUCUGGUUGACGCUUAUUGCGAGAACUGGUACUACCGCCGUGAAAAAGGAGAACCGCAGCUCAAUGAGGACUCUCUUCCUCGCGGCUGCUUGUUGCGUAUAAUGCGGAGGCUGGGAGACUUGUGGACACGAGGGGUAGAAUCUGCAAUCCGGGAUCAGAGGGAUUAUGACGAGGCCGUUCGAGACGUCGAAUGA